GCACAUAGAGCCAUGGAAUCUAAACAAGGGAACUAUCCUCAACUGGACCUCACUGGCAAACUUAUUAUCAAAGCCCAACUCGGAGAUGACAUCCGACGGAUACCUGUCUACAAUGAAGACAUUACGUAUGAUGAGCUGGUGCUAAUGAUGCAGCGGGUGUUUCGCGGCCAGAUUAACACAAACGAUGAAAUCACAAUCAAACAUAAAGACGAAGAUGGUGACCUGAUUACGUUGUUCGAUAGUUCAGAUUUGUCGUUUGCUAUUCAGUGCAGCAGGAUUCUAAAGUUGACAAUUUAUAUGAACGGUCAGCCGCGACCACUAGAGAGGGACGAGGUCAAGCAUAUACGCAGCGAGCUGCAGCUGAUACGUGACCGGGUCAACCAGCUACUGGACGGCCUCGAGCCACCGUCGCCGCCGGCCAUUACGCUCACCGACGAGGAGAAGUCUGUCCAAGAGGACCAGCAGCAGCAGCAGCAGCGCACAGCCAAUGCAGUGAGUGCAGAGAGCAGUAAGGAGUUUGACCCACUCAACAAGCAGCGUGGUGAGGCACCACCUAGUGCCGACCAGCAGAAGGUUAUGUCAUCGUUUGGCCUGUCUCCAGAAGACACAUCUAGACCGGAGACACCGGACAGUGUCUCAAGUCGAGAAUCUGGUGCUAACUACCAACAACAGCAGCAUCAGCAACAGCAGUAUCAGUAUCAACAACAGCAACAGCAGCCACAGCAGCCACAGCAGCAACAAGCAUAUUCUGGGGCACAAGCACGUGGGCCAGCACCCCAGCCCGGGUAUUACCCAGGAGCCUACCCACCACAGCAAGUUGCGCCGCAGCCAGGAGUGCCACAGUCGUCUCCCUACCCAUCAGGCGUGGCGCCGGGGGCGAGACCCGGCCCCGGAGGUCAGCCCCGCUCGCCGUACCCGCCCCAAGGUCAACCCCAAGGUCAGCCACAGGGUCAGCUGCCGCCGUCGGGUGUGGCUCCACAGCAGCAAGGGUAUUCGCCUGUGCCGUACGCCGGCCAACAGACGCCGGCGUCGCAGGCACCGGCAGGACCUCCCUCGGGUGCACCACAACAUUACCCCCAGCAGUAUGGAGGACAGUAUGGUGAAUACCCACAGCAACCUGCUGCUGCACCACCAGGUGGCACUGCAAAUCCAUAUUCUAAAGGCCCUGGUCAACAAUAUGUGCGACCUGCCGGCGCAUACCAACAAGGCUACCAGUAGAACGCAUGUGCAUCGUAUACUGCAUUGUGCCAUUUGUUGGGUGAUGGGCAAAACUCGACAGGUUGUUUGUGUGUUGCGACAAUCCACUGCUCAUGUUGUCAAUUUCAAGUCGUGUUUCACGCCCUCGUCAUUUCACUGCCCAGGGUUUUUUAAUUUGUGAAGACAGGUUGAGUGUUUAGCAUAAUGUGUACAUGCAGGUAAGUGCUGAGUACGUGUUGGCAGGUGUGUUGGGGGCUAGCAUAUACUAAAUACAUCCUAACAGGUGUGGUAGCAUCUAGCAUGUACUCCGUGCAUGUUGGCAGGUGCUAUGUAUGUACUCUCAUCAGUGUGAGCUGAGCACGUACUGACAGGUGCCACAUGGGCUGGAUGUGUGUUGGCAGUUGGUAACCGUGAGCUGGCAGGUAACCUGUAAAAACGUGUAAAUGAUGGCUGCUGGUGGCAACCUCAGAAGCUUGUGGCAUUGAAGUGGGCUUCGUCGUUUCGUCUGAGAUGUUUCACCUUAUCAGUGGCGUUAUUGCUGGUAGCAGUGUGUUACACAUUUGAAAAUAAUUGUCACUAACUGACAGAGUAAAUAUUUCGAAUUAAUCCACUGAAUCCCGUAUACAAGCUAACCACACAGUCGCAAGAGAGAAAUAAAAGAUGGCCGCGUGCAAUGAGACGGGCAUGGGUCGCUCCAUUUCUUAGCUUCACUGUUCUUGUGAUUUCUAGUAGGAAGUGAUGGUCGACGUGUGUGUGCUAGACCCAUUUACAAGUAUUUAUAGUGCACAUUGCCUUGGCAUGUUAUGUUUUUAACACCCCGAUCAUGUCUGGUCGUCGCUGAUUUCAAAUAUCCAUGUAACAAGAGAACGACUUCAUUCGGUACACUUUGUGAAUGCCGGUUCUAAAGGGACCAGGAAAUCUUGGUGAGAGCAGCGCCGUGAUCUGUAUGGGCGUUGACAAUACUAUUGCGACAGUUCUGUUGGGCUAAUUCUCCCGCUGGGCGAUGGGUAGCUUUGCGAAACCCGAGUACGUACAACAUUUCUGCGCGGCGACACUCACACGUUUGCCCGUCACCGUUCGCUGGUAUAGCGAAAGUGUAAGUAGGUAACAAAAGAUUACUCCCGUCGAUAAUUGCCUGCAGUGGAACCGCGUACCAGCGAUUUUGUGUCGUGUUAUUAUUGCUCUGUGGUCGUGUCGUGAGUGUGGAGUCGUUUGUGUAGAUGUGUGAGGCAUGUCGUUGUUGUACGUCGUGAACAAUGCUUGUACACGAUAGGAAUGGAACGUGCAGCUUGAAUUCCCGUGGAGAUGACACCAGCAACCCUCAGCGCGCAAGCGAGUUCGUUCGUUGUUAAUUAAAAGUGUAUUUAUUUGAAGCUCAGAAUGCAAAUAUAACGGUCACCUCGUUUUCACAUUCGCAUAUCACUGUAAGACAGAAUGUUAGCAAUUUGUAUAACACGUUUAUCUGGUGUAUCUGUCUUCCUGAUAUUACACUAUCGCAUCUGAUACAGAAAUACGAAUUCUUGCUUCUGUGUAAAUUGUAAGUCAAUCUAAACUAGCUAUACUAGAAUAUAUACUACUAUCAAUAUAUAUACUAGAAUCAAGUAUACUAGCUAUAACGUAGAUUACCUAUAAUGUUGGAGUUAUAUGCCCGCGUAAUGUACAUGACCUAGUGUUUCCUAACCGUUA